AGCUUUCGCUGUUGCUUUACAUAUCAGGCUUUUGCAGCUGUUUUAUGAAUUGUCCUCUCUAGUCAUAUUAGUCUUUGAAACUGUGCACAGGAAAUACUUCGUUUUAAUGUUUUAUAUCUCCUGUGUGUUGAAUCUGCUGCGUCAAAUCUUAGAAUUAAAAUAUGCUAGGUAGCUCGCUAGUUAUUUAUAUACAGUAAGGCGCAGCUGGGAAGUAUUUUUGUCAUAUUGUCGCUAAGAGAAUACCAGUAAACAGUCACCGUGUUAAGUAUUAUUUCUGUUUUAAAUCGUUGACUAAUCAUUGACAAGAAAAUGUAGUAGACGUCCAUUAGCUAGGUUUAGCGAAAUGCCUUCCUUUGCUUUAGCUAGUUGUUACAUGCUCUCGGUGCCCUUUACUGUUUACAGCUAGCUAGGAUAUGUAUACAUACAUGUAGCCUGUGGCUAUCUAUGUAUUAAUAGCUGACAGUAACCGUUCUAGCUGCUGGUCUUAAUAGAUUAUUACUCGCGUUGCACUGUUUUGCGGACAUGGAUACAAAUGUGCAGAAAAGAAGAGAGAAUAAAAAGUCGCUGCGGGUUAAGGUUAUCAGCCUUGGUAAUGCAGAGGUUGGAAAGAGUUGCAUUAUUAAACGGUACUGCGAGAAGCGAUUUGUACCCAAGUAUCUGGCCACAAUCGGUAUAGAUUACGGGGUGACCAAGGUUCAAGUGCGAGACAGAGAAAUAAAAGUAAACAUUUUUGACAUGGCAGGACAUCCGUUCUUCUACGAGGUGCGUAACGAGUUCUAUAAAGACUCACAAGGGGUGAUCCUGGUGUAUGACGUGGGACUAAGAGAGAGCUUUGAUGCCCUGGACAGCUGGCUCACAGAGAUGAAGCAAGAGAUGGGCUCACAAGCCAACAUGGAAAGCAUUAUUUUUGUUGUGUGUGCGAACAAGGUUGAUUUGACUAAAAGACGUGUGGUGGAUGAGAGUGAAGGCAGGCUGUGGGCAGAAAGCAGAGGUUUCCACUACUUUGAAACAUCUGCCCAGAGUGGUGAAGGCAUUAGUGAAAUGUUUCAGGCAUUUUUCUCCUCCAUAACUGAUAUGUGUGAGAAUGGAGGAAAGAAGCCUGCACCAGAGGUGAGCAUAGGCUUCACCAAAGAGCAAGCAGACACCAUUCGACGUAUUCGUAACAGUAAAGACAGCUGGGACAUGCUGGGAGUUAAGCCUGGGGCAACAAGGGAGGAAGUCAACAAGGCAUACAGGAAGCUAGCUGUGCUACUGCACCCAGACAAAUGUGUGGCACCAGGCAGUGAGGAUGCCUUUAAAGCAGUGGUCAACGCUCGAACAUCCCUGCUCAAGAAUAUCAAGUAGAGAUGCUUAAUACAAAGUCUCCUGGCAUGGAUAGUAUGGCUUGUAACAUGUGACAUUUGUUUACAUAGCUAAAAAAUGACAAACUCUCACAUCUCACAUUUGUAAUGUCAUAUUUUAACACAGUAUGGAUUGUGGUCCCUCAGCCAUUAUGCUAAGAGGCAGAAGAGUUUUGUUUACACAAACACAGGCAUGUAACAUGAUAAAUCUAUAAUGGAUUAGUUCUUAGAAUGUUCAGGUUGUUGUAGAGGAUGUGAACAGAGGCAUUUAUUCAUCCAGGAACUGAAUUUCAUCUUUUUCAUUGUGGACAUUUACUAAUAUGUUUAAACUGAGUAAUGUUUUACUUUAGUUUCUUUAAAUGUAAACUUUCUCUAAGAACGUGCUGGUUGUAGCUUUAAUUGUCAGGCAAAGGCGUCCAGAAAAAGUAUGUAGAUGUGCCAACACUGGUUAUGACAGCAAAUGUCAAUUUACAUCUAGGAUAUCACUGUUACACAAGUGUGUAUCAUAUUUUGCAUGAUAUUUAAGAACUUGUAUUUUUAUAUGACUUGUGAGAGAUAUAUAAACUAUACUCCUUUGAUGUGAGUGUUCAUGUGCAAUGUAACUGUAAUUAAUAUUUUUACAACAUGUAUUUAUUUGCAUAUACUUACCAUUCAUUUUGUUAAGUAUUCAUUUACUUUGAGUACUUAUUCUGAAUUUUUAAGCAUUUUGUGGGCAUUGGGUAAUGUGUUGCCUUGUUUGCCCUGAGUAUUUGUGUUCUUGUUUUUAUUCAGUAUAUUUAAGGUUUUAAUACAAAUGAAGUGUUGGUACCCAUGGUUGCUAACUUUCUGUGGUAGAUCAAAAUCUAAAGUUUAUUAACCAAAUUUGAUUUCCUUAUUGUUUUUGUCUGAAAACAUCUAUAGGCCUUUUUCUUUCACUUUCAUUCACUUGACAACUGAUUAGUAAUGAUAUAAAAGUGAUUUAAUAGCAUGGGAGGACAGCAUGCUUAAUCAAAUGUCUUUAAUUAUAUAAAACUGGACAAUGCAAAACUGUAUUGCUUGAGAUGGAAUUUUAUUUCACUACUCUAUGGGAGAAAGUUUUUAGAACUUGUCUUUUUGCACCACAUUCACUUAUUCCAUUUGAAUUUCAUAAUAAAAGAACAAUUGCAAUGAGCUUGGACGUUUCCUUUAGAUUUGAAAAUAAUGGGAAUAAUGGAAGUAUCACCUGUCUGUUUCCUCACUACUCUAAAGGUGUUUGGAUUGAGAUCAAUAAAUCAGUUAUUUGCUAGCAUUGCUUGAUGUGAACUUACUGGUUCCUAUAUUCUAUAGGAAACAGUUCCUCUAUUUGUUUUAAAUUGGAACAAAUAGACGCCCCUGAUGUUAAGAUGAUUUUCUGGUUUUGUACACAUAGGCAAAUCUUCAUAGAGACUGCUAAGCCUACAAUUACCACCUUAUAGCCAGAAAGGCCAAACUUCUAAAUUCAAGCACAUCAUCAUGGUUCAAAUAAAACAUGUAAAACACUUCUACACAUAUGUUUUAGUGUGAAGACAUCAUGUUAUUGCACAAAAAGGAUUAAAAUAAGAAACAUAGUUCAUAGCUCCCUGGGCUAAAUAUUAUCAGUACACAAAAAUAUAUUGGCUGAAAUCAUUGGUUAUCAGUUAUAUUCAUUUUUGGCUCUUUAACAUCUGUAUGAGUGACAAAAAGUUCAUAUCGAUUGGAUGCUGAUUUACACUAGUACACUAUUUUUUUGUGUAAAUAAGUGAUGCCAGUGAGCCAGUGCAACCCACUUUCAGCCUUGUUUUGUACUUCAGGAAUGAGCAUGGCUGUUCUUGGAUGCUGGACAGAUGGCACAGUCACUUUCUGGCCUGGCUCACAUUAUUGGUAAUUGACCAGAUCAGUGAGAAGCACUUUAUCCAGCUUACACCCCACAUUCCCUGGAUCAGCUGACCAGCCUUGCACAGUCAUUGCCCAGGGUCAGAAGUCAACCAAUCACAUCAAGCCAGUGUAGAUAUUUCCCUCCCUCUGCAUAUAAGCACAUAAAUCCACCUGCAGAACAAAAUCAAUCUGUUAAAUCACAACAAUAUUCACACAUUACAUUGCUUAACAUGCAUUUACUUUUGACAAAUAAGUUGUCCAGUCAAAGCUUAUCAGCUUGUUAGCAUGUGUCUGUACAACAGCGCAGGUGCAGUACUGCUGAGUAGAUAAUCCCUUACAUUUGUGUCGAGUGUAUGCAUCCAAGUGAGUACUGAAUCGUACUUUCUGCUCAGACUUUCAGCUAACUUAGAGGCAAGCCAUAUUUUCUGCUUGUAUGGUAUUUUCUUUUUUUAGUAAUUCUGGUAAGGAUUCAUGGGAUAAGCUGUAGCAGAUUGCAACUGUCCCCAAUCAGAGAGGGUGAGGCCUUUUUAGACCAUCUGGUCAGGGGCUGACUUCAUUACCUGAGGACACCACUGCUUAAUACCAAUCCGUCACACAGAAGAACCACUUCAGACUAAAGAAGGAAGCUGGACUUUUCAACCAUGUGGUUAAAAGUGUUUUGAGGUGAUGUUACGGAGAUGAUUUAACAGUUGCACAGAUACACUAGUCAUUCCCAUGGUGAUGUUUUGGAUGACUGUGGAGAGACAACGGGAGAAAAGGGACCUAGUCUACUCCUAGGCAUUGAGGAUUUAAGAGAGGAAUGCUGUUGGAGUACUUUUUUUCUCUCACGGACUUGAGUACAUGGAUUAGAAGAACAUGUACGUAUCAUUCAUGUAUCAAACAGAACUGCAACACUGCAUCCAAGGCAAGUAAACUCAUACUUCUUGUUUUCCCAGCUGUAGUGAUUAUUCAUUGCAAUAAAAUUAAAUGUUAAUCCAUUUUAUGACCUGUGUUCAUAUUUUCUUCUUACACAACAGCUUGUUGUGCAAAUUGCAGGUGGUUGGUUUAAUUUAGUCUUGUAUUUAGUAAAGAGUACAAUGUAUUUGGUGACAGCACUUCAUGUACAUGUACAGUACUGCAAUUUCAGAAAUGUCUUAUUAAAAAAUAUUUAAUGCA